CGAGGCGAUUCGUGGCAGCGCCUGUAUCGCCAUGAAGCGGAAGCAAUGCCGCUGCCGGCCAGGCUUUUUCGAGAUGGACGGGCAUUGCGAUGAAGUCGCACUCGGGUCUCCUUGCACGACGGACGCGACGUGCGCCGAUCAGAUGACCAACGUCAAGUGUGUGAACAGCAGCUGCCGGUGCGCCGACGGCUACGUCAACAGCACGCUGACAUCUUGUCGGCCGAGGGUGUUGGGUGACACCUGCGUGCAAAACGAGGACUGCCGGCAGGUGUUCGGAAAUGUCAUCUGCGCCCCGGGAGCCAAGAGAUGUUGGUGCGAUUCGGGAUUUAAGGCGACCGAUCAAAGCACGUGCGCGAAAAUUCUCAUCGGUGAUAACUGCACAAGUGACGUGUAUUGCGCUUCAAGCGUAGCGUGGAGUUUUUGCCCGGCGGGAAGGUGCUUGUGUUCCAGAAAUUUUUCCGCCAAUUCGGACAGAACGGCGUGUUAUCCAAAACAGCUCGGCGACUUCUGCGCGGAGUCCUCCGAAUGCAAGAAUGUGACCAACGCCGAGUGUGGUAGAGGCAGAGUCUGUGUUUGUAAGCCCGGCUACACCGACAAAUCAAUGUCCUGUGAUGAGAAUAUCAUCGGCGAUUCCUGCGGCACCGACGAGCACUGCCGGAUAGCGAACUCCCUGUGCAAGGACAAGAGAUGCGCGUGUGAAAGAGGCUGGGCGCCCGACAUUUCAAACUCGUCCUGUAACGAACAGCUGAUUACUGAUACGGACUGCGUGGCAGACGCUGACUGCCGCGAACUCUACAACAACAGUGUAUGCAGCGGGCGCCUUUGUGAAUGCGAACGGAAAUAUUUUCUAAAUCCCGUGGACAAUGUCUGCGACUUCGUUUACCUCGGGGACGCCUGUAACCGAACUCUAGACUGCACGAUAUCGGUCGACAACAGUCUUUGCUCCGACCGGGUCUGCGCGUGCUCGCCCGAUCACCUGCCGUCGGAUGACCAGAUGUUCUGCCGGAUCAAGACGCUGCAGGGAAUGGAAUGCGCGCGUGACGACCACUGCACCAGCGUCGUUCCGCGCAGCUUCUGUGACGUCAACAAAAAGUGCUCUUGCCAAAAGGGUUACAAAACCGGUGAUGGCUUCGACGCAUGCGUGCCUAAGCGCUUGCUGCUGGACGCCUGCGAGGACGACGCAGACUGCUAUAGGAGCAACCCCAAUUCCUCGUGCUCCCCUGUCACCGGACGCUGUGUUUGCGAUCCGGGAUUCUCGCUGCGAAAUUCGACACGUGGAUCUUCGAACACCCAGGCCUCCCAUUUGAAAGACACCUCCGCGUGGUCUGUGUGCGAGAAAAGGGUCUUGGGGGUCCACAAGUGUGACGCGCUCGACGAUUGUUCACCCGCCGUCAAAAAUAGCUACUGCCGGAAGUGCAACGCACGUUCGCCCGGAAGUCCGUGUAUCGAAGCCACCUGUCAGUGCGAUGAUGGGUACUACAGCGUGGAAAGUGAGUUUAUUUUUUUUGGAAAAUUUACCUUCUUGCUAUUUAAAUGUAAGAAAUUAUAUUUUUAAAAGCGUGUGUUCCUCUCUAUUUUCCCAAAAUAAAUCGAUUAGACGUUAAAAAUAGUUAUUGGUAACAUUAGAGAUAUUAAAAAAUCCAUACUAAUGUUACUUGGAAAUUUAAAAAAAAACAACAACCAAAAACCUAUAUUGUGUUGUUGGACAAAGAAGUAACAAUUCUUUACUCGACUUGUAAUAAUCGUACGACUGUCGUAUUUUAGCGUUGCCAAAAUUAAAUAGAGGAGCACAACUCGGUCUAGCGAGUAGACACACGUCAUCAGAGAGUUGACAUAACAGGUUUCACAUUGCACGUUUCAACAGAUGGCACCAGAUGUCAAGGGCGAGUGCUCCGAGAGAGGUGCACGAGAGUUGAGGACUGUUCCGGUCACGUGCCGUACUCAAACUGCACAGAAGGCGUGUGUGAUUGUAGAUCAGGGUUCAAGCCUGUGAAACGUGACUCUUGUCAGAAAAGUACGUAGACAUUUUUUUUUUAAAGUUCAUGUUUUAGAUAAAUUAAAUCUCCUUUUUCUUAAUUUUGAUAGGUAUCCCUGACCGUGGGUCAAGUGAUCAGUCAGAUGAAUGUGUGUGGCUAAUUUGGUUUACUACAUUAAGUUAUGCGAUUCUAAAAUUUGACUUUUAAGCACUUCCUGUGGCUAGUCUUCCUAUCAUUUCUUAGGAAAAUUACAUAAUUUUUGUGUCAUUAUGGCAGCAGUUUAGCUACGGUUAGUAACACCUGUGGAGUGCCCAGAUUUUGCCAUCCUCUUCCUCGGUUAAAAAAAAAAAAAAAAAAAAAAAACUCAGUAGUUGCCGAAAAUGCAACCCCUCCAUAUAAUCAAGAACAAAAAGUGGCAUUCACCCUCCUCCCCCCCUCCCCCCAUUUUUCUCCAUAAUUCACAGUAUUACAGAUAUGUCCUAAAAUUAUUAUCUUUUAAAUGGCUAUUCAAAGUACGUAAACUAAUAACGUCACAUCGGAGAUGGCGUCGGUGGGUCAUCGAGUGCGAGCUCUUAUUUACCCCCUCGGCACAACCCUCGCACGAGCCGACGCCGGGUUACCCCGCAGCCAGACCGUGCGGAAGCACGCUGAGAACCUCCCCCUUGGCCCGAGGGACGUCCGGUCGACUGAAAACGCUGCGUUUAAAGCGUUCGCGGUCCCCUCUCCUUGUGUCUGAACGGCUUUGCUUCCUCUCCGGUGGGAAAGGCGUUGCGUUACUUCCCCCCACCGUUCAGGGAGUUGUCCGGUCGGGACGAAGACGGGUACGAAACGGUCGCCUAGGAGCGGCUUUCUCAGGGCCGCGUAACUAAAAUCAUCGGUGUGGGUUUAACCGCCACCCAGACCUCAUAGCCAUCAACGGCAACAAGUAAUCGUGUUAUUGUGUUACUUCCGUUACAUUGGGAGUCAUGCAAGUGGCGGGGGUUUUUGGCUUGGGGGGGGGGGGGGGGGAGGGGGACCCCCCUAAUAGUUUGGCACGCCCGAGAGGGGCAAACCCCCCGUGAACCCCCCGAGUUUCCCCGGGGGUGCCGGGACCCCGUUUUAGAGGCGUUCAGUCUUCGUCCUCCCAGACCUAUAUGUUAACUCAAGAGGUGGUUCUAGAGACAAAGUACACGAGAAAUGAAACAUUAUAAUUAAGUUUUUAGGGGCAAUUCAUUCACUAUGUUUGCAAACGAAUAGUCCCUAUUUUCGGGUCGUCGUGUUCAAAGAUAUUGCAAGAAUUAAAAGAUAUUGCAAGGAUUUAAAGAUACUGCACGGGUUAGGAUGUAUUGUACGGAUUAGAAGACAUUGCAAUGAUAAGAACAUUUUGCACGAAUUAGAAGAUAUUGAACGGAUUUGAAGAUAUUGCAAGGAUUAAAAGAUAUUGCACGGAUUAGAAGGUAUUGUACGGAUUAAAAGAUAUUGCACGGAUUAGAAGGUAUUGUACGGAUUAGAAGAUAUUGUACGGAUUAAAAGAUGUUGCACGGAUUAGAAGGUAUUGUACGGAUUAGAAGGUAUUGUACGGAUUAGAAGGUAUUGUACGGAUUAAAAGAUAUUGCACGGAUUAGAAGGUAUUGUACGGAUUAGAAGGUAUUGUACGGAUUAGAAGGUAUUGUACGGAUUGAAAGAUAUUGCACGGAUUAGAAGGUAUUGUACGGAUUAAAAGAUAUUGCACGGAUUAGAAGGUAUUGUACGGAUUAGAAGGUAUUGUACGGAUUAGAAGGUAUUGUACGGAUUAGAAGGUAUUGUACGGAUUAGAAGGUAUUGUACGGAUUAAAAGAUAUUGCACGGAUUAGAAGGUAUUGUACGGAUUAGAAGGUAUUGCACGAAUUAGUAGAUAUUGCACACAGUUGUGUUGUAUAUGUGGUUUGUUGACUUGCUGGGCAAACUGUAUCAUCAAAUGUUAUUCAUAUUUUUUUAAUAUUAUUUUUUUUAACAAAAUGUUAUGGAUAUGCAAAGGUGCUAUUGAUAAUUAAUAAAUUAGUAGAUCACUCAUUCGGCUUUUUUUAAAAUGUAAAUUCACCAUUGCGUACUUAAUAGUAACUGUGAGGUUGAAGACUCAGUUUAUAUGUUUCUGUUUCCCCAGAGACGAUAGGAGAUCGUUGCUCCAGCAAUGUGGAUUGUGAGAAUGCGGUAGACUACAGCUUGUGUGAGAAGGUAGGUGGCUUAUGGGUCACGCGAAGAGUACGGUGGGUUUUGACUGUUGGGGGUCUCGUUGGUGGUUUUCUGUAGCUUGUGUGUUAGCUUGGGUCGAUUUUGCCAAAAGUCGAGUGUGUUAACCGUUUAUUGUGCCAAUGGUAUAUUGUGCCAAAGGUCUAGUGUGCCAAAGAUCUAUUGUGCCAAAGGUCUAUUGUGCUAAAGUUCUUUUGUGCAAAAAGGCUAUUGUGCCAAAGGUCUAUUGUGCCAAAGUUCUGUUGUGCAAAAGGUGGAUUAUGUUAAACGUCAAUUUGUUCAAUGGUCUAUUGUGCAAAAGUUCUAUUGUGCCAAAUGUGGAUUGUUCCAAAGAUCGACUGUGCCAUGUUGGCUCAUUCACAGGUUGGCUCUGUUGCUAUAGAUCGGUGUGUAUUAUGUGUUCGAAAGUUAAAAUGUUCUAUUUUAUUCUAAUUCCAAAAUCUUUUCCUCAAAGUUAUAACUUUCGGCCCUUUCUCUACCCACCCAACAGGACGUUUGUGUCUGCAAGACCGGACACUACGGGACGCACGGGAGUUCAGAGUGCAGGCGGCGGCGCAUCGGGGACAAUACGUGCGCAGUGCACGCGGACUGCAGCGCUUCCGUCAACAACAGCUACUGCCACGGCUCCAAAUGCGCCUGCCACCAAGGCUUCUAUUCCAGCUUCGACAAGUUCGAGUGCCCCAAGCUCUACAUAGGCAGCACCUUCUGCAACCUGAAGACGGACUGCGCGCCCACCGUCCAAAACAGCGUCUGCCUAAACCAAACGUGCGUCUGUCCCUCCGGG